AUGCACGAGAUCAUCACACUGCAGCUGGGCCGGCAAAGCAACUAUGUGGCGACACAUUUCUGGAACGCGCAGGAAUCCUACUUUACGUACGGCAAGGACGAGCCGUCGCCGGUCGACCACGACAUCCACUGGCGAGCAGGAAUAGGCGCAGACAAAACGGAGACGUAUCUGCCGCGGACGGUGGUAUAUGAUCGCAAGGGCGGGUUUGGGUCGCUGCGCAAGAUCAACGCCCUGUACGAAGCGGCGCAGGAGGGCAACGACGGCGGCACCAGCAGCACCAGCGGCACGUGGGCAGGCCAGGCGGUGGUGCAGCGAGAGACGCCAAUCAUACCGAGCGCGUACACGCAGAGUCUCGACACGGGCGGCGAUGCAGCCGCGCUGACGCCGUCCAUGGUGCGAUACUGGUCCGACUUUGGCCGUGUUUAUUACCACCCACGCUCGCUCGUCGAGGUCGGCGAUGAGCCCGAGGCUGCCGACGCCGAGCCUGACCUCAGCUGGGCUGCCGGCGAUGCGCUCUUUGCCACGCUUGACCGCGAGCACGACCUGCUCGACCGCGACCUCCGGCCCUUUCUCGAGGAGGCCGACCAGAUGCAGGGCCUGCAGGUGUUGACCAGCAUCGACGACGCCUGGGGCGGCUUCGCGGCCCGCUAUCUCGAGCGGCUGCGUGACGAGUACGGCAAGUCGACCGUGUGGCUGUGGGCGCUGCAAGAACCGGUGGCACGGAUGCCGAGGGCAAAACGUCUUGUCCGCCUCGCCAACAAGGCCCGUACGCUCGCCUCGGCCGCCGGCCAGGCGUCACUGGUCGUGCCCAUCGCCAUGCCGUCGCUGCCGCUGCGCGGAGUCGAGUCCACACUGGACCCGCGCCUGACCUGGCACGUGUCCGCCUUGCUGGCUACGGCCAUCGAGACGGCCACGCUGCCGUCGCGGCUGCGUCGUGGCGGCGACUCGCUCGCCUACAUGACAGAGCUGCUCAACGCCACCGGCCACCAGACCGUAGCCCACCUGCAGAUGACCGUCGGCCAGUCCUGGCGGGCGAUCCGGAAGGCGGCUGCAGCUGCGCAUGCGCAGGACGUCGACAUCGAUGGGCCGGCCGCCGCCCUGCGUCUGAACAUCGACCUCGCACCUCAAGACGAGCCCCGGACGGGCGUCUACGGCCGGCCGGCCGGCAGGCCAAAGAAGACGCGCAUGUUUGGCCAGGCCGUCGUCUCGCGGGGCAGCAGCGACGACAAGAACGAAAAGGACGACGACGACGACGACAACAACAACAGCAACAACGACGACCGCACUCCCGACCGCGAGGACAUGGCUCGGCGCCGUCUCGCCCUCCAGCCCGUCAGCCAGAGAUACCCAGUCGACCUCGGCUUCCCCCUGCUCGACAGCUUCCCCCACAUCUACCAGCUCACAGCAGCACAGCAGACGAGCAUCCGGGUAACCACCGGCCUGGCCACCAACAGCACCGUCGCCGACAGCAUCCAGGGCCUGCGCAGCGUCGUCGUGGCACCGUGGGCCGUCAGCCUGGAAGACCGCGAAGACCUCGGCAACGAGCUCGCCGGCAUGGCUGACGCCUACCACGAAGGAUGGUCCAGCGGCAGCGACGAGGCCGACGAUGACGACUGA